UUUUGUUUUUAUUUUAUUUUAUUUUAUUUUAUUUUAUUUUAUUUUAUUUUUUGAAUAACACAAAGAAAUUAAAAUGCCUACUGAUCAUCCUCUGAUUAAACCAGCCAAGAAACCGACUGUGCUGAUUGUGGGCGCAGGAAUAGGUGGACUCACCCUGGCUACACUGCUUCAUAAAGCAGAUGUACCAUUUCAGUUAUACGAUCGUAUGACUGAAAUCAAACCAUUGGGGUCGGCACUAUCCCUUGGUGUCAAUGUAAUUCCAUUGAUGCAACAGCUGGGCCUUUAUGAAGAAAUUCUAUCACUUUCCAAACGUCCCAAAUCUGUCGACAACUACAGCGAAGACCUCCAGCUGCAAUUCUCCAUGUCUUUUCAACCUUCGGAUGAAAUGAGCGGUUUUACUGGAGGCAUUCUUUCGAGGUCUUUAUUUCAUCAGCUUCUUUUUCGCCAAAUCCCCUCAGAUCGGAUCCAUAUGAAUAAGCGAGUAUUAUCAAUGCAACAGAAUGAACACGGUGUCCGACUUCAAUUUUCAGAUGGAAGCUCUGCAGAUGGUGAUAUCCUUGUCGGAGCUGAUGGAGCCUACAGUGCAGUCCGCCAAAGCCUUUACCAAUCCCUAAAGAGGAAGGAUCAACUGCCUGAGAUUGAUGAUGGUGCUUUACCAUUCAGUUGUGUCUGUUUGGUGGGCCAGACCAAGCCCAUGGAUCCUGAAAAGUUUCCGGAAUUGCAAGAUCCCGCUUGCCAUUUUAGCAUAGUUGUUGGUGAUGACAAACCUUAUUCGUGGAGUACUUUGACUACCAAAGGCAAUAUUUACUGUUGGAGUGUAGCUUUAAACCUUGACAAGGAAAGCUCUAAGGAUCAUGAUAGUUUCCGAAACACGGAGUGGGGCCCCGAAGCAGCAACAGCAAUGUGUAAGGAUGUACGUGAUUUCGCUCUUCCUGGAGGUCGAGGCCUCGGCAGGAAGAUGACAUUGGGAGACCUUAUUGAUCAAACACCUUUGAUCUCCAAAGUUAUGUUGGAAGAGAAGGUCUUUACUACUUGGCAUGCAGGCAGAACCGUACUCCUGGGUGAUGCGUGCCACAAGAUUCACCCGGCAAGUGGUGCAGGUGCUAUAAAUGCAAUGCAAGAUGCUGUCGCACUGGCGAACUGGAUCAGUAUCCUGGAUACAACUACAGCGGAGGAUAUUGAGAUGGCUUUUAGAGAAUACAAAGAAGAACGUUAUCCUGCUGCUGUGGCCUCGUUUAACGCAGGACAAGCUCUUUCUCGACUUCGAGGAACGAGCUUCAAAGCCAGAUUCGUCCGCUUCCUCACGCGGAACAUGCCUGCAUGGAUGUAUCGGAUUGCAGUGAAGAGCAUGGUUGCAAAUCGUCCACAGGUAUCAUUCCUUCCACAGAUAGAAGAUAAAGGCCUGGAGCCACCCAAGUAUCAACCUAGUCUCCAAAAGACACUAGCCAUCAGGAAGGCAAGGGAAGAAGCAGCCGCUGCCUCCGCUUCUAAUACUCUUGAAACGGUGAAAGAGCAGGAGCCGAGUAUGAAAUGAAGUGAAGAUUAGAUGUAAGGAUGGAUUGCAUAUUGAGCAUUAAAGGUACAUACCAUG